AUGUCUACUGUUCAUUUCUAUCUAUCUAUCUAUCUAUCUAUCUAUCUAUCUAUCUAUCAGAGUCUUCAUUUCUAUCGAUUUAUCAUAGACUGUUCAUUUCUAUCUAUCUAUCUAUCUAUCUAUCUAUCUAUCUAUCUAUCUAUCUAUCUAUCUAUCAGAACUGUUCAUUUCUAUCUAUCUAUCUAUCUAUCUAUCUAUCUAUCACAGUCUUCAUUUCUAUCUAUUUAUCAUAGACUGUUCAUAUCUAUCUAUCUAUCUAUCUAUCUAUCUAUCUAUCUAUCACAGUCUUCAUUGCUAUCUAUUUAUCAUAGACUGAUUUCUAUAUAUCUAUCUAUCUAUCUAUCUCAUUUCUUUCAUUUAUCUAUCUAUCUAUCUAUCUAUCUAUCUAUCUUCAUUUCUAUCUAUUUUCAUUUCUUUCUAUCUAUUAUCAUAGACUACUGUUCAUUUCUAUCUAUCUAUCUAUCUAUCUAUCUAUCUAUCUAUCUAUUCUCUGAUUUUCUAUCUCAGUAUAUUGAUAUCCAUCUGUCUAUCUCAGAUUAUUCAUUUCUGUCUGUCUCUGUCUCUGCCUCUUUCUCUCUCUAUCUAUCUAUCUAUCUAUCUAUUUCAAACUCUUCUCGUUACAAACAUGUCUACUUUUGA